AUGAUGAGGCCUGAAGACAAAGGUUCGGUCGGCUCAAGCACUCCCUCAAACUGAACUUAAAGCAACUUGUCCAAGCUUAUAAAGGCUUGUCAUGCCACGUUGGAGCCUGGAGCCUUAAGCCCUCGACAAACCCUGCUACAGGAGGAAGAGGAGGUGGAAGGUCUGAACUUGCCGGAUGGCCACGUGCUCUACAGAUUUGAGACCACCUCAGGCAUGUACGACAUUAACAGGUUGCCCUUGGUGCAGACGCGACGUAUUUUGGAUGAUCAUAUUCGGCAAUUGCUGCUGGUGAAGGCAGCUGGCAUCAAACAAGGGGAAGACAAAGGACGAUCCGAUUCAGCAGCACCGCGCUUUGCUAUGCUGAAUGGCACCAAGGAAAAACCAUUGGCGAGAGCUAUGGUUGUUCCAACUGAAGGUUCGUACGGCAACUUUGAAGAGGUCUUUGACAAGGAACUGCGGCAAAAUCCUCCACCAGGUUUGCAAAAGGUUCGAAGAAUAUUUGUUCUUUCCCCGGUGUGGGAUUGUUUCAUCGACGGAUGCGGCAUACCAGAGCCGCGCUGCGCGUGGUAUGGCAGCAUUGCAUUGGACAUUCCCUGCUUGCAGCAGCUCAGAAACUCGAAGGCCUUUCAAGUGCUCACUGUCGAUCAGGACCAGCGCGAACGCUCCAUCGAAGCGCUCCUGCCCUUCGUCCGGAGCUGCGUCUGGGAGGAGCAGCACUUUACGCUGGUUCCAAUUCUUGUGGGCGGACUGAUGACUGAAAAGGCUGAAGAGUACGUGUCUUUGCUGUCCCCUUACUUGGCCGAUCCUGAGAAUUUGUUUAUCGUCGGAGGAGAUGUCGACACUCUCACGGAGCAAUUUGAUUGGGACAGACUCUCUAAUCUGUCUGGUGGCCCCGAACGUUUCAUGAUCGAGGCUCCCAAGUUUGUCAACAGGGAAGAGCAGGUCAUUCCCAUCUUUAGCGCGCUGGAACUUUUUCUGUCCAUUCUAGCGGCCACACCUGAGAGGGAGGAGUUCUUCUUGACCCGUUAUUGGUAGGUCAAAGCUUGAGGAUUUGUGGGACAAGCUUGAGGGUGGUUGGAGCAAGC